GGCUUGCUCCGUUAUCUCUUGGAUUCUCUCCUCUCUAGCUCCCUCCCUCUCUCACUCCGUCGUCGGAGAGGUGCCGGAGCUCCUCCAAGUCACCGUGACAGUCCGACAAUAUGGCGGCACUGGUCGGGUCACCGGGCUGGAUUAAGCUCAGGCCCUUCGGCGACUUCACCCUCGCCCACCCGCUGACCUUGCUCGAGUCGUGUCCCCUGAGAAUUAGGGUGAACUUCGUCCCUCGCCCUUACAGGCGGCGCCUCUCAGUCUCCGCCUCAGCGGCUCAGGAUGGCCCGGUACGCGUCCGGUUCGCCCCCUCGCCGACCGGGAACCUCCACGUCGGGGGAGCAAGGACUGCUCUGUUCAAUUACUUGUUUGCUAGGUCGAAAGGUGGGAAAUUUUUGCUCAGGAUUGAGGAUACAGACAUAGAGAGGUCGACAAGGGAGUCCGAGGAAGCCAUGCUGCAGGACCUGUCAUGGCUUGGUCUUGAUUGGGAUGAAGGUCCUGGCAUCUGUGGGGACUAUGGUCCAUAUAGGCAGUCUGAAAGGAAUUCCCUGUACAAGGAAUAUGCCCAGAAACUUUUAGAAUCUGGGCACGUAUAUCGCUGCUUUUGUACGAACGAGGAGCUUGAGAAAAUGAAGGAGAUAGCAAAGCUACAGCAACUGCCCCCAGUUUAUACUGGAAAAUGGGCUACUGCAACAGAUGCUGAAGUAGCGGAAGAGCUGUCAAAGGGUAUACCAUUCACAUAUCGGUUUCGUGUGCCCAAGGAAGGCAGUUUAAAGAUUAAUGAUCUUAUUCGUGGCGAAGUUAGUUGGAACCUGGAUACCCUUGGAGAUUUUGUUGUCAUGAGGAGUAAUGGACAACCAGUGUACAACUUCUGUGUCACUGUUGAUGAUGCAACCAUGGCCAUUUCACAUGUUAUAAGAGCAGAAGAACAUUUGCCAAACACGUUGAGGCAAGCACUAAUAUAUAAGGCUCUUGGUUUCCCAAUGCCUUACUUUGCGCAUGUUUCUCUAAUUCUAGCUCCUGAUAGAAGUAAACUCUCAAAAAGGCAUGGAGCAACUUCUGUGGGUCAGUUUCGAGAGAUGGGAUAUCUGCCUCAGGCAAUGGUGAACUACCUGGCGCUCCUGGGAUGGGGAGAUGGCACCGAGAAUGAAUUUUUCACUCUUGAUCAACUCGUUGAAAAAUUCACAAUUGGUCGGGUAAACAAAAGCGGUGCCAUAUUUGACUCUACUAAACUGAGGUGGAUGAAUGGUCAACAUUUGAGGGCACUUCCAUCAGAAGAGUUGACGAGACUCAUUGGUGCUCGCUGGAAGGCAACGGGUAUCCUGAAAGAAUCGGAGGGGCCAUUUGUGGAUGAGGCAGUUCAGCUUCUCAAGGAUGGGAUUGACCUGAUAACGGAUUCAGAUAAAGCGCUCACAAACUUACUGUCCUAUCCAUUGCAUGCCACGCUGACCAGCUCCGAAGGUAAAAGUGUGUUAGAAGACAAGCUUUCUGAGGUGUCAGCUAGCCUCUUAUCUGCAUACGACAGUGGUGAGCUACUCGGUGCUCUUGAUGAAGGCCACUCUGGGUGGCAGAAGUGGGUGAAGGGCUUUGGCAAAUCGCUUAAACGCAAGGGAAAAUCGCUUUUCAUGCCUCUGCGGGUGUUGCUAACAGGAAAGCUUCACGGUCCCGACAUGGGGGCGAGCAUUCUUCUGCUCCAUAAAGCAGGAAAAUCCGGUGUAGUUGCUGCUGAAGCCGGGUUUAUUACACUAGAUGAACGAUUCAACAUGCUGAGACAACUCCACUGGGACUCUUUAAACCAAGACCAGCCUCAGCCGGAGCCCGCUGCUACCUUAUCGAGCUGAGAUUUUUAACAGUUUUGAUCCGCUACUCCUGAGUGAACCAUUUUCAUUCGUAGCGGUUUUAUUAUUUUGAUUGUGCAAUGAGUUCUGUUUGUUAAUCGUGUUUUAUCUUUAUUAAGCAGCGUAUGAAUUUUACUAAGAAAAUUAAUAUCAUGCAGAAAGAGAGAACGUUAAAAGAGUUUGUAUUCAUUUUUCUUAUUCUGCUCUCUGUUUCUGUUGACCUCUAAAAUCAUACACGAAAUAUUGAUGUCU